CCAUCGGCGGAGGCGAACCGUGGAGGCGCCGGGUAUAAACGAGCUCCUGGGGGCCGGUGUGCGCUUGGCGAGGCGCAUCCAGCCCGAUGGGGAAAGCGCGGGACGAUUCUGGGCGGGAGCGCCUGCCCAAGAUGCGGCUGGGCUGCCUCUCCGGGUCCCAGGCGCCGAGCACCUUCCUCCUCCUCCCCUUCUUCCUCCUUCUACUCCUCCCGUGGAGCCUGGCCGAGGUCCGCGCCCGGUGCCGCCUGCCGUGCGAGUGCCCCACCGAACCGCCCGCCUGCACGCCCGGCGUGCCGCCGGUGUUGGACGGCUGCUCCUGUUGUCUGACCUGCGCCCGGCAGCGCGGGGAGAACUGCUCCGAAGCGACGCCCUGCGAUGAGAGCGCCGGCCUGUUUUGCGACCGCGAGGCAGGAAGGGAGGCCGGCCUCGGCGUCUGUAGGGACCUUGAAGGAGACAACUGUGUUUUUGAUGGGAUUAUUUAUCGAAGCGGUGAGACCUUCCAGCCCAACUGUAAAUACCACUGUACCUGCAGGGAUGGACAGAUCAGCUGUGUGCCCCUCUGCAAUGUUGAUUUGUUGCUUCCCGGUCCUGAAUGCCCCUUCCCAAGAAAAGUUGAAGUUCCCAAGGAAUGCUGUGAACAAUGGUCAUGUGACCCUAAAAAAGAUGAUGCUGAAGACUUUGCAAUGGCAGGAUUCAGACAGGAAGCUACCUUGGGGGCUGAAGGUUCUGACUCAAGUUCUAACUGCAUUGAGCAGACAACGGAAUGGAGUGCAUGUUCUACCAGCUGCGGCAUGGGAGCCUCCACCAGAGUCACCAACAAGAACCCCAUGUGUGAGAUGGUGAAAGAGAUGAGGCUGUGUGAAGUGCGCCCCUGUGAAAAGAGUCCACUACCUGAUAAGAAGGGGAAAAAAUGUCUCCGAACCAUAAAGCCUCCCACAGCUGUCCAUCUGAAGUACCAGAACUGCACCAGCAUCCAUAUGUAUAAACCCCGUUACUGUGGCAUCUGCAACGAUGGACGAUGCUGCACUCCACACACGACAAAAACAAUCCAGGUGGAAUUCCGUUGUCCUCAAGGCAACACUAUCCAGCAUCCUCUGAUGUCCAUUACUAGUUGUGUGUGUCACAAGAACUGUCCUCAGAAUAGCAACGCUUUUGUUCGAAAGCUCAGUUGAAUGAGCCAUUCAGAAAUCACCAGACUGGUCUUCUGAUGCUUUAGUAACAUGUAUCUUCUCUUUUGGGGGAGGGAGGAAGGAUCAGAUGCUUUGAUUCCCGAUCCUGUCUAUCAUUUGAUUUCUAGAUAAGGCAUUUCAGUUCCUGUGGAAUUUCUUUUGAAACCCUGCUUGCUUCAAAUGUUGUUGCGCCAUUAAAAUAUUGUCACUUGGGGUGCAUAGAACUUUUAUCUCUUAGCAGCUUCUUCUUUCUUGGCCACCUGUGAUAGUUUGACGUAAGACACAUUUCUGCGUUGUUUUCCUGGAGCAAUUGUUUGAACUUGAUGAGCAAGAUGCUUGUACUCUAGUAUGAUUUACUGUCUUGAUAUUUAUUACAGUGAGGAAUGGGCACAUCAAGAGUUGAAAUCCUCUCUACCAGCAAGAAAAGUGUUAUUUGUGUCAGCCACAAAAACAAUUCCUACUGAGUGCAAAAUCCUUUCCUCGUUUUUCUUCCACAAAUUAAAAUAUUCUUCUCUA